GUAUUUGCUCCAAGUGAUAAUUUAGACAACCCAACACUAGUCCACUUGAUAUACUGUCAAACGGUACAUGAUACUUUGGGCAAUAGUUGUAUCAGAAUCAAUAAGGAAGAAAGAAGGAAAAUGAGAGAAUUUCUAGAUUACAAUGGUAUUAAAAUAAAUCACUUGAGUACCACAACCGCCAUUAAAAAGAAAGUCAUUGAAAUGAGCAGAAAAUGGUCAUGUUAUUUCUGUAGAUUGUUUCCUGUUUCGGGUGGUCGACGUAUCUCACAGGUUGAAUACUUGGGGUUGUCUGAUAAAGGCGUUCGAUUAAUACGACGAGUCAAAUCACCAGGCACUGAUCAACUAGUUUUGUUGGAUGCAUUCAGCUUUAAUGAAAUACAAGAGAUAAAGAUUACAUCACAUGGUACUCUGCAGAUUAUAUUGAGUAAUCAGACUGUGUUACCACUGUAUACAUUUAGAGCACAACAAAUCAAAGAGAUGAUUGAAGCAUAUGUAAUUGAUCUUGAAAAAGAUUCACAGUAUGUGAGAGCCAUUGCUGAUUACAUCACAAAAGAGUCUACAUUACUGAGCUUCAGGAAAGGUGACAUUAUAAAGCUGACUGCAAAACAAGAAAACUUAGAAAAUGGCUGGAUGUAUGGUAUGUUAGAUGGUAAAAUUGGUAGUUUUCCAGCUGAGUAUGUUACUACUGCUACUGGUCCAGAUGCAUAUAGACACACCAAGAUGAGCAAUAGACUACCUGACAACGUUCUUAUUGUCAAACAUCCUCAGCCUCAAGGAACACAGCAGGUAUAGAUUCUUAAAUUUCAGUCUCUUACAUAC